UCCUACUUGUCCCCUUAAUCCCUUCAAAUUAGCCGAUAUUCCCCUCAAUUUCCCCCCAACUACAUAUAAUACCUAUUAGUUCUUCAUAGUCAACGUUGGAAUACUUGUCGACUGACUUGGUCUUUUCGUGAUCCUUAUGGUUUAUUUCCAUCAGACGAGCUUUUUGCGCAAACUAAACGCAAUACAUUUAUGGUCACAAGUUGGUAAUAAUGACAACAGAAAUGGAAGAGGAUUUAUUAAAUUAACUGAUCUCUCACCAGUUACCCGUUUUUCUUUAAUGAAUGUUAGACGGGUUGCGGAUAUUGACAUUUUUUUUGCUGGUUUUGCACAUGGAGAUGCCGAAAGUUUUGAUGGACGUGGAGGUCUUGUUGCUCAUUCGGCAUACCCACCAUUGGGAAUUGUUCAUUUUGAUGCGAGCGAAUAUUGGGAUUUGGGAAGGGAAAACCAAGAGGAUUCAGUAACGAAUAAUUGGAAUCGAAGGAAAAAGUGGAAAAUAAACAGGGAACGGCGCUCUAUUGACUCUACAAAGAGUAAAGAAGAACAACAAACUGUUCUGGAUUUGCGCUAUGUUGCUGUUCACGAAAUAGGACAUGCUUUAGGUUUACGCCAUUCUACUUUCCGUAAUUCCGUUAUGAAUCGUUAUUAUAAAAUGGCUUAUACCUCAAUUCAGCAGUCUAAUAAACCCUUGAAACUAAGCAAAGAUGAUGAAGCAGCAAUUGAAGAAUUGUUUGGGGAAAUGUGCAAUCGCAAUUAA